UGCUCCGCCGUCCUCAGCAGCAGGUCGGAGUGAGUCGUCUUCGCUCCAGAGGAUCUUUGCCGGCUCUUCCUCGGUAGGAUGGCAGGAAACAUGUGGAGGUCAAUGCUGACCCAGGUGGUGGGAGGUGCAGUGAGGAGACCCGCCCUGUCCUCAGCUUCCUUUUCCAGAGGGAUGCAGACGGUCACUCUGAUUCCUGGAGAUGGAAUCGGGCCAGAGAUCUCCAGCGCCGUCAUGAAGAUCUUUGAAGCCGCCAAAGCUCCCAUCAGGUGGGAGGAGAGGAACGUGACGGCCAUUAAAGGACCCGGCGGGAGGUGGAUGAUCCCUCCUGACGCCAAAGAGUCCAUGGACCGGAGCAAGAUCGGUCUGAAAGGACCCCUGAAGACGCCCAUCGCCGCCGGCCACCCCUCCAUGAACCUGCUGCUCAGGAAGACCUUCGACCUGUACGCCAACGUCCGUCCCUGCGUCUCCAUCGAGGGCUACAAGACGCCCUACACCGACGUGGACCUGGUCACCAUCCGAGAGAACACGGAGGGCGAGUACAGUGGCAUCGAACACGUGAUCGUGGAGGGCGUCGUUCAGAGCAUCAAACUGAUCACGGAGGAGGCCAGCCGCCGUAUCGCAGAAUACGCCUUCGAAUACGCCAGAAACAACCAGAGAACCAGCGUGACGGCCGUUCACAAGGCCAACAUCAUGAGGAUGUCUGACGGGCUGUUCCUGAGGAAAUGUCGCGAAGUGGCCGAGAACUACAAAGACAUCAAGUUCACUGAGAUGUACCUCGACACUGUGUGUCUCAAUAUGGUUCAGGAUCCGACCCAGUUUGACGUCCUGGUCAUGCCCAACCUGUACGGAGACAUCCUGAGUGAUCUGUGCGCCGGCCUCAUCGGAGGACUCGGAGUCACGCCCAGCGGGAACAUCGGCGCCAACGGAGUCGCCAUAUUUGAAUCGGUCCACGGUACGGCCCCCGACAUCGCAGGCAUGGACAUGGCGAACCCCACGGCUCUGCUGCUCAGCGCCGUCAUGAUGCUGCGUCACAUGGGUCUCCACGAGUACGGCAACAAGAUCCAGACGGCCUGCUUCGACACCAUCCGAGACAAGAAGGUGCUGACGAAGGACCUGGGAGGAAACUCCAAGUGUUCAGAGUUCACAGCAGAGAUCUGCCAUCGCAUCCAGGAUCUGGACUGAAGCUGCAGAGAGAGGCUGCAGGAGGAGUUGGUGGUGGGUGGCCCCGCCCCCACCCACCGUUUGGCUGAGAUUAUCUGAGUGGGCGGGGCUUCUACAGCAGCUUCCUCUGUGUUGACAUUCACAGAGAACAUACGCACAACUCUCACCUGACCAAGAAUGCAGACUGAAGUUUCAGAGAAGCACUCAUCUCAACUCUGUUUGCAUAUUUACUAUUUUUUUAACGGUAACUCUGCAUCUCUAGUGUUUAUUUAUUGUUUCUACUUCCUGUAACUGCUCUCUUCUGUUAACUGAUCCAGAAAUAUAGAAACUUCAAAAGUAAA